GCUGACUCCAGUUAGAGACUGAUGUCAGUGAGGCAGUGGUCGAUCAAGGAUGGGUACCUGGAUCAAGACAGAGGCUUCGGAGCGCAGAAAUGCGACGCGAGAAAUAUGCAGAGGAUUCAAGUGAUUAUGCCUGCAGGCACUAAAACAAGUGCACGACUUUGGAUUCUCGCGUUCAGGGUUUGCAUUGGUUACUCGAUUUAAGGUGAAUGUGGGUUAUGAGGCCUUAUUGAGGCGUUUUGAGAUGUAGAGAUUUUGAUUGUAAUUUGAGCGAUGGAACAGCCCGUGGAUAUGCAAUUGGAGCAGGAGUUGGAGGGCCAUAUACAAGAACAGCGAGCAUCUGUUAUUGCAAUUGACGAAGCACUGGAAUCUGAUCCGUCGAAUAGUGAUUUAUUGCUGGUGAAAGAAGAACUGUUAGCUUGUGUAAAAGCAGCAGAAGAAAGCGUGUUCCAACUCAAGAGAGCUCGAUUACUUCAAGAAUUGGAUGCUAUAUCGCCAGCUGAGGAGCCAGAAAAGUCCCGUCCACCCGGUAUCGCAAACCCGACAACCACUCAAGAUUUAAACUCUAGUUCUGCAGAAGGGGUCAGUCAGCUGGUACAACUAAGUUCCAUUACUGAGGGCACGGUCUGCCGCUUUCGACAUACAAAUGGUCGAUGGUAUAAUGGCAAAGUCUGCAGCGUGGACAAGUCUGGUGUUGCCCGUGUAUUCUUCCUGUCUCCAACAAAUGAAAACAUGCAGAUCUGCAGAUUCUUCCUGCAGCAGCGUUGUCGAUUUGGUGGUAACUGCCGCCAGUCUCAUGGAAUGGAGAUUCCUUCGCAUGCCCUUCGUCUAUUCCACCGUCCCGACUGGGAAAGAAUACCGUUGGGUACCAGAGUCUUUGCAUGUGAUGGUGACGAAACUACCGGACUUUGGAAGCAGGCUGAACUUGAACUCUGGGACGAUGAAUUUUUCAAAAAAGCUCAGGUAGUUUUCAUAGGCGACGGUAAGAAAGCUCUUGUGGACAUUGGAAUGCUCGCUUUAUCUGAACAUGCUGAAUUGAGUGAUGAUGGAUCAAGUGAUUCAAGCUCUGAUGGUGAAGAGGAAGAAGAUGAGGAAGAAGAACAAACAGAAGGCAUCGGCAUUCUCGUGCCUGGGGGUAUACAGACAGAUACGACGACAUUUGCCAACUGGGAGAAACACACUAGAGGUGUGGCAUCUAAAAUGAUGGCUAGCAUGGGUUAUCGAGUUGGAAUGGGGCUUGGUAUAAGUGGCCAAGGCCAAAUUGCUCCGAUCGAAGCAAGGGUGCUACCUCCCAAACAGUCUCUGGACUUCAUUAAUGAAAAGAGGCACAAGGAAAGAGAUAAAGAAGGGACGAAAGGACACGAGGGCAAGAAGAAGACACGUGGUGGCAAGCGCAGUCGGUAUAAAAAGUGGGCAGCAGCAGCCCUCGCAGCGAAAACAGAUCGGGAUAAAGCACCUGAUGUUUUUGGAAUCAUCAAUCAGCAUCUUGGCCCAGUUCGUCAUGAUGAAACAAGUUUUGGCUCAGGCUCUCAACGUUUCGAGCCCAAAGAAAGUCGCGGACCGAUUGGUCAAAAGAAAAUGCAGAGGAAGGAAGAUAGACGGUCUAUUGUUGCACAUGAGGACAGCAUUAUGGAAAUUAGGGGUAAAAUCACGAAGUUGGAAGAGAUGGCCCUCCGAAACCGGAAGGAGAAGGCCGUGUACGAUGGCGUAAAUAGAAAGUUGGAGGUGGCAAGAAGAGCUUUAUCAGAAGCUGAGGCCGCCCAUGCUUCAGCAACGAAUGCUGUGCACAGUAAAGAGAAAGAAAAGAAAUGGUUACGAUUCUGAAUAGCAAGUGAUCACGAGGAAACUCAGCCCAAUUAUCUCUAUAUAUGUAAGCAAAAAGUGUUUUAAAGGACUGAAUGAGAUUAUUGUGUUGUAUCCACGAAAUUUGUGUUGUGUAUUGAUACAUCGAGUAGUGUGAUCUUGAUAUGGUGUCUGCCCUCAUUU